UCAUCAGCUGUGGUGUGUCGUGGAGUGAGAAACUCCGUUCCUCCCUCAUCCGCCUCCACAUUUAGCCUUUUGGUACUGCUUAUUUUUGGACCUCCUUUCUUUAUUUUUAAAAUUCUUUUUGAUCGAGGCUCCAUUUAUUGACAUAUUUAGUUCUAUUUGGAUUCUGAGCCUCUCGGAGGAUUUCCUGACCAGAAAAAAACAAACAAUACAACUGUGCGAGGCGACCAAGUUUUCCCCCCACGUUCUGAGCGAGGAAUGAGAGCAGUUCUGGAGAGGAAGAGCCGAAACUCCCACGUUUGAGUGAACAAAAGGACAGAAAAAGAGGGAGCUGCCGCCAGAAUGGAGGAAAACACUCUGCCAGCAGUAGCAACACCAGCCUGCUCAGUCCUGGAGAGUAAAUCUUUAAGACCUGACCCAGAGGGGGAAAGCAGCCCCCUGAAGACAGCCGACGGCCAGAAAAUGAACUCUCCAACAAAGAAGGAAACCGAUCCAAGGCGGACGCCCCCCAUGAAGUCUGACGUCAUCUCUCGAUCACCUGCCUCACCGGCGUCGCCGCUUCCUCAAUCCAAAAGAGACACCCCAAGGUCAGAAGAGAGGCAGAAGCUUGCAAAAGAACGACGAGAAGAGAAAGCCAAGUAUCUCGAAGAGCUCACCAAGUUGCAAGCUGCCAAAAAGAAUCAGUGGCUGGAGAAGGAGGAGAAGGCACGGCAGCUGAGGGAGCAGCAGCUCGAGGAACGUCGCAGGAAGCUGGAAGAGCAGCGGAUCAAAGCGGAAAAACGACGAGUGGCUUUGGAAGAGAGACAGAAGCAGAAACUGGAGAAGAAUAAAGAGCGCUACGAGGCAGCCAUCCACAGGUCAACCAAGAAGACGUGGGCAGAGAUCCGCCAACAGAGGUGCUCAUGGGCCGGCACACUCACCCAGACAUCAAACCGGAAAGAAAGCAGAUGCUCACUUUCAACGGUCAACCUUCCCAAACACGUGGACUCUGUUAUAAACAAGAGACUCUCCAAGUCCUCCGCCACACUCUGGAACUCCCCCACCAGAAAUCGCAGCCUUGCUCUGAGCCCAUGGGAGAGCAGUAUUGUGGACCGGUUGAUGACGCCAACGCUGUCUUUUCUGGCUCGUAGUCGCAGUGCUGCCAGUGUCCUAACCUCCGGAAGAGAUGGACACUCCAUGUUAUGCCCUCGAUCAGCCUCAGCCAGCCCCCUCACAGUGUCACACCAGCCCCACCACCGCUGCUCUGACCGCUGGAGGGUGACUUCCAGCACGCCAGACAUCGCCCUGCGCCAACACAGACGGAGCUCCACACCUAUGGAUAAAAACAAAAAAGAGAAAAAGGACAAAGAACGGGAGAAUGAGAAGGAAAAAAAUGCCAUCACCAAAGAGAAGGUUUUAAACAAAAGACAGAGUUUGCCCAGUAUGAGACACAGACCGGACCCAAGUCCCAGUCCUUUAGCAAGACGGCCUGCAUCCCCAGCCACACCCAAGGGCCGAACCGCCUCCCCCAGCCCUGCUGCCUCAUCCAAGCCUUCCUCCGCACGCCAGAGCCCAUCAACUCCUAAGGCUCGCCCCAAAAGAGCCAGGACGCCUGCCAGGAUAGACCACCGGACCUCGUCUCCGGCGCCCAUCGACCGCUUAAAGGAACCUCGUAGGCCUUCCACUCCAGAGGAGAGAAAGAGUUCCCCUGUGGUUCCCACUCUUGUAGUGUCGCCUUCUGCCUCCACAGCUCAGGAGGCAACGAAGCCAGUUAUGAACGAGAGCGGCCCUUCCCAGCCUGAGCCAGCCCACCCUCUCCCCGCUGUGCGAGCUGUGUCACCUGCUCCUUCUCCCACAGCCAAGCCCAUGGCUGGCACCAACGAUCCAGAGGAGGCGGGCCGGAUCCUGGCAGAGAAGCGGCGCCAGGCCCGAGAGCAGAGGGAGAGGGAGGAGCAAGAGCGCCGCGAACAGGAGGAAAAGGAGAGAGUCCUGAAAGAGGAGCGCAUUGCACGGGAGGCCAAGGAGAGGCAGCAAAGGGAAGAGGAGGCCCGGGCCAUGGCUGAGGAGCAGCGAAAGAGGGAUGAAGAGAAGCGACUGCAGGACGAAAAGGAGGCGCAGGAGAGAGCCAGAGCUGAACAGGAGGAGAACCUACGCCUCCAGAAACAAAAGGAAGAGGCCGAGGCCAAAGUUCGGGAGGAGGCGGAGAAGCAGCGCCAGGAGAGGGAGAAACACUUUCAGAAGGAGGAGCAGGAGAGACUGGAGAGAAAAAAGCGUCUGGAGGAGAUCAUGAAAAGAACACGCAAGACUGACGGAGGAGACAAGAAAGAGACCAAGUCCUCCCCGACUGCACAAGUCAUCGAGAAACAGGAAGAGAACGGCAAAGCUUCUGCUGACUAUCAGCCAAAACAGGAAGUCAACGUGUCCAAUAACAAGACGGAGAAUGGACAAACCACCCUCACAGAGAGUCUCUUGGUGGUUAAUGGGAUCCAGCCGGUGACGCACGAAAACGGCCUGUCCGCUAAAGAAGGCGCUGCACUUUUUGGAGACAUCAUCCAAGUUACAAAUCACGGACACACUACGAAUGGAACCGGAGAAAAGUCCGACACCAGCAUGACCACGGAGCAGAUCAUUGCUUUUGAAAGUGAGGAGUCGUUCCUCAUGAAGGCAGCUCCUAUGAAGCCUCAGCAUGUUGCAGAGGUUCUGUGACGUGUUCCAGGGCUGACACACUCGCCGCCUUAGACGUUUCCUCGCUCCGCCACUGUUCACAUGCAAACCUCGUGACCUGUGCCAAUCAGUGACCCUGAAGAACACCCACCUCGCUGAGGACGGCGAAGCUCCAUCAGGGCAACAGAAGGGAUGAAAGCCCCCCUCCCCCCUACUCCGCAUAUGGCACAGGUGCAUCAGUGUUAUUCGUGAAGAUCUAUUACCGCUCAUGUUCAGUGACCCAUACGGCAAGACGGCCAUCCACCGCAUUGCAAUGCAGCCAAGUCAUUUUUCACUUCACGCUGAUGAACAGAAUUCUUCUAUUUGUCUUUUAGUUAUUUAAAUGAAAGAGAAGCAUAAAUGACUGUCUGUAUCCCUGUUAAUACUGUAAAUGAGCUUUGUGUGUCUAACAAAAAGAAGGAACACAUUUUGAUGAAAGGGAACAACUCAGUAAAGAGUAGAUUUUCUUCUUUAACACAGGUAUUCCUCAUUCUGGUUUUGUAUAAAGCUGCCUGUUUUGUAAAGUUAUAUAAAGGAAUCACAGCAUUUUGAAAUGUAAGUUAAGAAGAAAUGGAUUGCUAUUUUGCAUAAAGAUAUUGCCUACUCCUCCCCCAAAUCCUUGGUUUUAGGAAGAAUCGGAUGUAAUCAUGUCAGCAAAAGCUGAAAACGAUCUAAAGUCAAGUCUUUAGAGAAUAUUUUUCUCCUUUUGAAUAGUUUUAAAUAUUUGUUUCUUCCACAUGUGCAAGCAUGACACACAUUUCCAUCGUCCAGGCUGAGACUCGUAGGUGUUUGAGAUGCUGUUGUGUGUUUCUGCUAUAAAUACAUUUUGAUGUGUAUUGUUGUAAGGUCAAUGGGAGUAUCUGAGGUCUUAUUAAAGACGCGCCUUCCAGACUCUGUUUUCUGUCAAUAAAUAUGGAAACAAUUCUGA